AUAUUUUUGUGGUCGCUGUGGCGCGGGCGUCGAGUGACUUGCUAUUGACUCAUUGCUGGAACAUGUUGUCCCGUGCCGUGCGCCGCUCCCUCCACACCACCGCGAUCCGUGCGGCCGCCGACAAUGCUGCUACCGGCGCGGCUGCCACCAAGGUGACGUUGAACCUGAGCACCCCACACCAAGCGUUCUACAAGGGCGUGCAAGUCGACCUGGUCCAAGUGCCCGGCAUGAUCGGUGAGUAUGGUAUCACGGCGGGCCACACCCCUAUCAUCUCGCAAUUGAAGCCCGGUGUGAUUGCGGUCCACGAAGAGCGUGAAAAGGUUGUGAAGAAGUUCUUCACUGCCGGUGGUUUCGCCUUCACCCACGCCAACUCGACCACGGACAUUGCCGCCGUGGAAUUGAUCAAGGUCGAGGACAUUGACGCUGCUGCCGCCGAGGCCGGCGUCCAAAAGUACAAGCAAGCAUUGGAACAAGCCGCCGACGGUACCCCCGAAAAGGUCGAAGCCCAAAUUGCUUACGAAACCCACGUUGCCAUGGUCGCCGCUUUGGCCUCGGCUUAGAGACAUUCGACCGACCAUAAUAGCGUCGAAACAUUCGUGGUGAAACUCUUUCAUACAUCCUCGACUUGUACCA